CCCGCCGGAUGCGGAGAGACCCGGGCUUAGAGCACACACUCACUGGAAGGCGGGCGCCACGCUGCCCACUAAUCGCCGGUUCUCCCAGGGCUUGGGAGGUGGCGGCUGCGAAGCCAUCUCUACCUCGCUGCAGCCCUGUUCUAGCCCCGGCCCGCCCCGACCCGCCGAGCUCCCCCGCCCGCCCCCAGCAGGCCGGCCGCCUCAGCACCGAGCGAUCGAGCCGGCGGCCUUCCGGCACCGCUUUCUGUGUUCCGCUCUCCGCCCCUAUCGACGCGCUCCGCCCCGCGCCUCACUGGCUGUGCCGCUCCUGUCGCCUGCUUGGCGCGGCCCGGAGCGGAGCGUCGGGUUUGCGUGAGGGCUGCGCGGUGUGCCGUGCGUCGGCCUACUGCUUUGUGUGGGGUUACGGGAUUCCCUCGCUCUUCUGGCACCUCGGGUUCUGCCGUGUGGGAUCACAGACGCUUUAUAGACAUCCAUACAAGGAUUUGAUGAAGGAUUUGAAACAAUUCCUGGAAGGUAAUCAAGAAGAGGAAGAUAGAGCUUGCUUUGAUGUAGCUGAUCCACCUUGUAAGCGAUUCAGACAUGGGCACACAGAAGAAGGGGCUGAUGAUCUGAACCAGAAUGGAGUGCUCAGUCAGAUUCCUUUGGCUAAUGAUGGUAAUGCUGAUGUGGAAAACUCAGAUGUGGAGAACUCAGCUGUAGAGGUUUGCAAUGUAUGUUUGGGAAUUCUUCAGGAGUUCUGCGAGAUUGACUUUGUUAAAAAGAUGUGCGAAAAGGUUAAUUCUUCUGACUUUCAGUUCACCAGUUUCGUAUUUUCUGUGUCACUACCACCACAGCUGUCUGUUAGGGAGCAUGCUGCUUGGCUGCUGGUAAAACAGGAAAUGGGAAAACUGGACCUUUCCUUGGCAAAGGAUGACAUUGUUCAGCUGAAAGAAGCUUAUAAGUGGAUUAUUCAUCCCCAGUUGUCAGAGGAGUUGGGUGUUCCCACUGAUGGAAAGAGUUUGUUUGAAGUUAGCGUGGUCUUUGCUCACCCAGAAACAGAUGAGGAGUGCCGUUUCCUAGCCACAGUCUGUCCAGAUUGUUUCAAGCCAGCAAAGAAUAAACAGUCUGUUUUCACUAGAAUGGCAGUUAUAAAAGCCCUAGAGAAGAUAAAAGAAGAGGAUUUUCUCAAGCAUUUUCCAUGUCCCCCAAGUUCACCAAAGAACCUCUGUGUUGCUCUGGAAAUUCAAUGCAAUAAUGGUGCAGUUUUUGUGGCUGGAAGGUACAAUAAAUAUUCAAGGAAUUUACCUCAAACUCCCUGGAUUAUCGAUGGGGAGCGGAAGCUGGAAUCUUCAGUGGAAGAACUGAUUUCAGAGCAUCUAAUGGCAGAAUUCAAAGCAGACAGCUUUAAUUUUUCUUCCUCUGGAAGAGAAGAUGUGGAUGUAAGAACACUAGGCAAUGGAAGGCCUUUUGCAAUUGAGCUUGUGAAUCCUCAUAGAAUACAUUUUACUGCUGAGGAAAUGAAGGGAUUUCAGCAGACAAUUAAUAACUCUUCAGACAAAAUACAGGUCCGAGAUUUACAGCUUGUCACCAGAGAGGCAAUUGGUCGUAUGAAGGAAGGUGAAGAGGAAAAAACAAAGACCUAUAGUGCCUUAAUAUGGACAGACAAAACAAUACAGAAAGAACAUAUUGCAUUUCUAGAUGAUAUCAAGGAAUUAAAACUUGACCAGAAGACACCUCUCCGGGUUCUUCACAGAAGGCCUCUGGCUUUAAGAUGUCGAAUCAUUCACACCAUGAAGUCUCAGUACAUAGAUGAGCAUCACUUUCGCCUACAUCUGAAAACACAAGCAGGAACCUAUAUUAAAGAAUUUGUGCAUGGAGACUUUGGAAGAACAAAGCCAAAUAUUGGCUCCCUGCUGAACAGAACCACUGACAUUCUGGAGUUGGAUGUAGAAUCUGUUGACAUUGACUGGCCGCCAGCCCUGGAGAAUUAGCUUCACAAGUUGGGACGUCACACAACAGCUCCUUGAUCAGCAGCAGUUUACUGAACACUGUACAGUAUUACAACUUGUUUACAAAGUAUUUUUGUUGAACAUUUGGAUCAUGUUGAUCUGCCAAAGGAUAUUGUUCCUUUAAAUCAAUUCACACAGGUAGUGUUCAUUUAAAAAUUUAAAAAUUUUUAAAAAUUUUCAUCUGUGCAUACAAUGAUUUUGGCAAGCUGGUGUAUUAAUAACAAACCCUCUUGUAAAAAUCUGUGAAGAAAAACAAAUGGUGUGCUAAGUUGGUACAACAAAUAUGCUUAAUGCAGUACUGAUUGAAACGUUUGAUUAAAAAUUAAACACUAAAGCCAGA